AUGCUUUUUGCCAUCAAAGAAAUAAACAACAGGACAGACUUGCUGCCAGGUGUUUCUCUGGGUUAUAAAAUUUAUGAUACCUGUGGCUCUAUUGCCAGAAGUGUAAGAGUUGCUUUAGCUUUGAUCAAUGGUAACGAAAUUAUGGCUUCACCUUUGAAGACAUGUUCAAGUCCUGCACAAGUUCAAGCCAUAUUAGGUGAAACUUCUUCUUCUCCUAGCACAGCAAUUGCUACAUCCAUUGGACCAUUUCAUAUCCCACUGAUCAGUCACUUUUCCACAUGUGCUUGUCUCAGUGAUAAAACAAAGUACCCAUCCUUUCUCAGAACCAUACCCAGUGACUACUAUCAGGCCAGAGCUCUGGCUCAUUUAGUCAAACACUUUGGUUGGUCAUGGGUUGGAGCUGUUCGAUCAAAUGAAGAUUAUGGCAACAAUGGCAUGGCAAUAUUUACAGAGACAGCAGAGCAGCUGGGCAUCUGUCUGGAAUAUUCUGUGUCUUUCUUCAGGACAGACCCAUCAGACAAAAUACUAAAAAUAAUUGAUAUUAUCAAGGCGUCUACGUCAAAAGUGAUUGUCACUUUUCUUUCCCACAUGGACUUGGAUAUAUUAUUACAUGAGUUUUCUAAUUACAACUUAACAGGGUAUCAGUGGGUUGGUACUGAGGCAUGGAUUUUUGAUUCUCAAACUGCUGUAGGUGAUAAAAAUCACAUCUUGGAUGGAGCUAUAGGCCUUUCUAUCCCAAAAGCAUAUGUCAGUGGCAUUAAAGAAUUCAUUCUGGAUGUAAAGCCACUAAAUUCAACAAAUAUUGAAUUGUUUACAGAGUUCUGGGAGGCAUUAUUUAACUGUAAGUUCAAGCAGUCACAAUCAGAGGAGAGUCAGACAGAAUGCACUGGACAUGAGGAUCUGACUGCAGUAGAAAACAGCUUCACUGACAUGUCCCUGAUGCCUAUUUUUAAUAAUGUCUAUAAAGGAGUGUAUGCAGUGGCCCAUGCUCUGCAUGAUAUCCUCAGCUGUAAUAAAACAUGUGACAAGAAAGUGCAGCUAGAUCCAUUCAUGAUAUUACAGCAUAUAAAAAAUGUUAACUUUAAAACAAAAGAUGGGGACACGGUUUAUUUCAAUAAGAAUGGAGAUCCAGCAGCAAAAUAUGAAAUUAUAAACUGGCAGCCAGGUGAAAAUGGACACGUACAAUUUGUCACAGUUGGUCUUUAUGAUGCAUCAUUGCCUGUUGACAAACAAAUGAAUUUGCAAAAUGGAUCGCUGAUAUGGACACAAAACUCACUGCAGGUUCCGGUGUCAGUUUGCAGUGAGAAGUGUCCUCUAGGAACACAAAAAGUGCUCCAGAAAGGAAAACCUGUUUGCUGCUAUGACUGUAUAAGAUGUGCAGAGGGAGAAAUAAGCAACAUUACAGAUUCUAUCACCUGUAUGAGAUGUCCCCCUGAAUUCUGGUCAAAUGAAAGAAGAGAUGUCUGUGUAACAAAGAAUGCUGAGUUUCUAUCAUAUGAAGACAUCAUGGGAAUACUGCUCACCACAGCCUCUUUAUUUGGAACAUGUAUGACGGCUGCUGUAGCUGUCAUCUUCUUCAGACACAGGACAACUCCUCUUGUCAGAGCAAACAACUCUGAGCUGAGCUUCCUGCUGCUUUUCUCCUUGACUCUGUGUUUUCUCUGCUCUCUGACCUUCAUUGGACGUCCCUCUGAGUGGUCCUGUAUGCUCCGUCACACAGCUUUUG